AGGCGGUGAUGGAGGGUGACAGAUCCGGAAGGAGAGACCAGAAGAGAGUGUACAAAGUGAAACUGAGAAGGUCCAAGGCGAAUGCUAGAGAGAGGAAUCGGAUGCAUGGAUUGAAUGCAGCUUUGGAUACACUUAGAGGCCAUAUACCAAUCCACGUUACCCUCUCAGACACAAACUCAGCACCUCAGAAGCUUUCAAAGAUUGAAACCCUCCGCCUUGCGAGGAACUACAUCUUGGCAAUGACUCAAACACUCCAAGAAGAAAAGCCAAUGGAAAUCUCCAGGUUCAUAGGCAUCCUGAGCACAGAACUGAGCCAAACCACAGCGAAUCUCUUGACCAACAGCCUGCUCAAUAACAGAGCAGAUUAUAGUAGUUGUUACCCAGACAAAUAUCAUUUCGAAAAUGAAGAAUAUGCGCGUUAUAACCAACAAUUGUAUGAACAAAAUAGCUAUAGUUCUUAUUGGCAGAAUUAUAUGUCUUCAAAUAUGACCUGCAAAUAUAGUUUGAAUCAAUCCAACUCGAACUUAUACAAUUACAGAUAUUGGGGAUACUGUAACAACAAUCAUGUUCAGGAUGAGAAUUGGGUAUCAGAUGGUGGUACUCACAAACAUUUUAAUUAUUAUGGCAACAACUGAAGUGAUAUUGCAUAAAAUGAGAAUCUGUUUGUUCAACCUUUGAAUAUUUUUAUUAUAGUAUUAUAUUUUUAUUGAAAUAAAUGUUAUAAAAAAA